AUGAUGUGGAGGACAGCGCGGGAUUCGGUCUGCCUCAUAUGUCGCUCGGCUGGGACACCCAGGAAAACUCUUGUGGAAUUGUGGCCGCCAUGGACCAAUCAGCGAAACUUUGCGACGCGCCGGGAGCGUGAGCGUCCAUCUCGCAUGGUUCUCUCGGACCGAGUCGCUCGCGGGCCGCCUGGCAGAGCAGGAGGAGGAGGAGGAGGAGGAGGAGUCGAUGCACGCCGCAAAGCCCGAGACAGACCCGAUGGCCCCUUUGCGGGCAUGAACCGCGUCGUUGCCAACGUUAGCCCAAAGCGGGCGCUGCCGGCAUCCGAUUCAGCUUCGAGAGGCAGAGAUUCCAGAGAUUCCAGGAGCAGGGACAAGAACGAGAAGCGCGACUUCAAGGCCCUCAAGAUGCAACGAGCGCUCGCCACCAUACCCUACACGGAGCGUGCGAGAGUUAAGGCUCGCGUCUCGGACAUCGAGUCGUUCGACCAGUUCGACUUGCUGCCCGUACUUAAGGAGGCUGUCAAGAAUGAGGUGUUGAAGGGCAUGGAGAACGUCAAGCCGACUCCAGUUCAGAGGCUUGCCAUCCCGGCCCUGCUAGGCCAGCCUCUCUGGGCAAGCAAGUCUUCCAGCUCGAGCCAGAAGAAGAAGCUUGACAUGGGCAGGGACGAGUUUCUUUUGGCUGCCGAGACCGGUUCCGGCAAGACGUUAGCUUACCUGCUUCCGACCAUCAACGCUUUGAAGGUGGGAGAGAUCGACGACCAAGACGUGCUAGCCUACAAUAAACGGCUAGAGGCUGAGAAGGAACGCCGCGGCGGGGCGCCCGUGUCUGAGUGGAUCGACAAGUUCGAGCCGCACCCGAAUACUGGCCGUCCGCGAGCCGUUGUCUUGGUUCCCACCGCCGAGCUCGUCGAUCAAGUGCUCGCCGUCGCAAAGUCCAUUUCGCACGUCGCCAAGCUCAAGGUGCGCCCUCUGUCGGCGAACUACGACCCCGCCAAGAUUCUGCGAAAUCUAUACAGCCAUGGCGGCAUCGACAUGGUCAUCUCAACCCCUCAUCUCCUCGCCAAAAUGGCCGAAAAAGACCCCAACAUCCUCGCACGAGUGCACCACCUCAUCGUUGACGAAGCCGACUCCCUCUUUGACCGCUCCUUCUCCCCAGAGACCUCCAAGAUCGUCGACCGCGCCAUGCCCUCGCUCAAGCAGCUCAUCCUCUGCUCCGCCACCAUCCCGCGGCGGCUCGACAACUACCUGGCGGCCCACUUCCCGCAGAUGCACCGCAUCGCCACCCCGAACCUGCACGCCAUCCCGCGGCGCGUGCAGCUCGGCGUCGUUGACGUCUCCAAGGACCCCUACCGCAACAACAAGCUGCUCGCGUGCGCCGACGCCAUCUGGUCCAUCGGCAAGGAUGCCGCGGGCCACGAAGGCCCCGCCAAGGACGAAAUGGACGUCAAGCGCAUCAUGGUCUUUGUCAACGAGCGCGACACGGCGCCCGUAGUCGCCGAGUACCUCGUCUCCAAGGGCAUCGACGCCAUCGCCCUCCACCGCGACACCCCCGAGCACCGCCAGUCCGAGAUGCUGGCCAGCUUCACCAGCAACGAGCCCAUGCGCAUCACCAAGGAGGAGGCCGAGCGCGAAAAGGCUGCCAGGGCCGCCGUCAGUAGGAGGCACCUGCCCAACACAAAGGUCAUUGUGGCCACCGAUCUCGCCUCCAGGGGCAUCGACACCCUUGCCGUCAGGCAUGUGGUGCUCUACGAUGUGCCACACACGACGAUCGAUUUCAUCCACCGUCUGGGGAGGGCAGGGAGGAUGGGCCGGAGAGGAAGAGGCGUGGUGUUGGUCGGUAAGGACGAUCGGAGGGAUGUGGUCGCCGAAGUGAAGGAGAGCAUGUUCAUGGGGCAGGCCCUUAUUUGA